AUGAAUACUUCCACUACAUCAUUCUUCCUUCCAAAUGCAGACAGCCAGACUCAAGGAGCUAAUCACAGUGGUGCUGCAGGAAAGGCAGAGCCAUCUUAUGCUGUCCUCAAGUUCAUGGAGAGCUUCUGCCUCAUCAGUGCUGCCUGUGGGAUGGUGGGAAACGGCAUGGUCAUAUGGUACCUUGGCUUCCGCAUCCGCAGAAACCACUUCACUGUCUACAUCCUAAACCUGGCUGCUGCCGACUUUGGGUAUCUGCUCUGCAUUGCCAUCGAGACAGUCAAGUACUUGAUGCAGUUCAACGUGGGGGUGCAGUUUGGGAUAUUCCUCUUCCUGGAUCUUUUCAUGUAUGGGACUGGCUUGUAUCUCCUGACGGCCAUCAGCAUUGAGAGGUGCCUGUCGGUCCUCUGUCCAAUAUGGUGCCGAAGCCACCGCCCAAAGCACUUGUCCAGCAUCAUUGCUGGUCUGCUCUGGGGUCUCUCCCUGCUGCUGAACACACUCGGAUAUGUAUUGUGUACCAUUCACCCCUCCAGCAGCUGCUGGCCCCUGCUCAUCACCAUUGGAGUCUUGGAUUUCCUCUUCUGCACACCCCUUAUGCUGCUCUUCAGCCUGACCCUCUUCCUCAGAGUCAAGUGCAGCUCCCAGCACUUCCGAACGGGCAGGCUCUUCACCGUCAUCAUGCUCACUGUCCUCUUCUUCCUCAUUUUUGCUGUGCCUCUGAGCGUCCUGAUCCUCUUUGAUUUCUUGGGCUACAAAUUUCUCUACUCCCCUGAGAUUGGCUUUGUGCUGUCCUGCGUGAAUAGCAGCCUCAACCCAGUCAUUUACUUCCUUGUGGGGAGCUACAGGGAUCGGAGAAUCAAGUUUGCCCUAAGGCUGGCAUUCCAGAGGGCAUUUGAAGAUUCAGCAGAUGACAAAGAUGAACGGGAAACCCGUGACACGAUAACUAUGUCCUCCUAA